AUGGCAACGGGACCGGACGGGUACGGGUUUCAUGAUACCUAUCCCCGUCCCUGCGAGUCAAACUCAUCCUUGUCCCUCCUCUACGACGUGCUGCGAGUCGAGCGAGACGCGUCGCCGACGGAGAUAAAAUCAGCGUACCGUAGCCUCGCGAAGCUCUACCAUCCCGACGCGUCGGUGAGGCGGUCGCCGGAGAUCGACGGCGACGUCGGCGGCGGAGACUUCAUUCUGAUUCGGAACGCGUACGAGACGCUGUCGGAUCCUUCGGCGAGGGCGACGUACGAUAUGACGCUGGCGGCGGCGCAGAGCGGGAGACUCCGCCGGUGUCCGGUGCCAUUGAGUCGGAGCCGGUCGCCGGUGUUUUACGCGACGCGGAGAUGGGAAACGGACCAAUGCUGGUAG